UUUCAGAAAUAUAGUGGUAGUGCUACUGAUAUCUAUGUUCUCUCAUGAAUGUGAGUUUACAUUUUACCCUUAAUUAGGAAAUAUUUGUUUUUUAGCUAAUUAUUGAGCAAAGAUAAAUCCAUUGCAUUUUUGUUAAAGGUAGAGACCAUGGCCAGGGAUCAACAACCCGCCAUAAUAGCCAGGGAUCAACAACCCGCCAUAAUACUAACUUCAGUCUCUGCACUAGGUGCAGCUUUUGGUGCAAAAUUUCUUGAAGUAUCUGGCAUGUUGUUUUCUUUGAGUUCCUUGCAAGCUCAGAAAGCAUUUGCUGACAAUCUACAAGAUCAGAGUUCAGGAGAAAGAGAAAGAGAACUGGAUUUAAACAGCCCCGAAAGGGGUGAAAGACAGUGUGAUUUAGAAUCUCAUACUGAUGGUGAUGGAUAUAGAUGCCAGAUAAACAGUGGUAUCGUGGAAGCUGCUGAAACUGGUGCUAGUAUUGAAUCAACAACACAGAAUGUUAACGACAGGCAUUGUACCAAUGGUUUUUCAGAUGUUAUCAGCAGUCCCCACAAUAUGGAUGUUGAUGACUCUGCUGGAGUUCACUGGGAAUGCAAAGCUACAAUUGAAGAUAUUAACCGUAGGGUCGAACUUAGUCCUCACCAAAUUGUGAACCCUUGCAAAGAGAGUGAUUUAAGUGUCACAAAUGAGGGUGCAAAGGCUGUUGUGGUGGAAUUGACUACUCCAUGCACUCCUGGUUGCAGAGGCAAAGAUGGUACCAAUGGAGAAGUGGCUCCUGGCAAUGUGUUUUCCAUUCAACAUCUUAUGCCUGUUGGUAUGAUUCUCGAAGUGUUAACUGAUCUGAUUCUAAGGAUUAUAAUUCUGCCAAAAUACAGAAGACCAUAGCCUCAAAGGAAAACAUCUUGUCAAAAACUGCUUUGAGAGUUCUACAUAGUAAAAGAGAUGAACUGGUUCUUAAUCAACGUCUCAUAGAGGAUAAGAUUGCUCAGUAUGAUAAAAAGAUCCAGACAAUUAUGAGUGUAAGAGAGCUCACUAUAUUUGCUUGAACUGUCAUAUUCUAUGCUUUUCAUCAGAAAUUUUUUAAGACCUGUAGCCAGCAAGUUAAAGGAACUGAAAUUUUAUAAAAUGCAUAGAUGCUGUAGUAGAGAGGUUAUGCUGGUUAAAAGAUAAUUGUGCUCAGGUAGAUUUCUAAAAGUAAUUAAAUUCUAUUCUCAUCAUCCACAUCUUCCCUCAUUGAAAUCUGGGUUGCUUAUUUGAUAUUGUGAGCUAUUACACUGGUUUCAAUUGAUAAACCAGUCAGUAUCAU